GAUUUCCUGAGUUGUUUGUCAACUCAUCUGUACGGUUAUGUCAGUUGAGAGAAGACACAGCAAAUACUUUCUAUUAAGACACAAUUGAAUAAUCUGGAAAACAGGUGAUCCUUUGCUUUUGACAGUUAGCAGGACACCAUGCUGUUCAACGCUUCCCAACAGUGGGAGAAGUGUGUGAAACAGAUUGAGGAGAGAGACCGUUUGAUUUUUGUAAGCGUGUAUGUGCUGAUCUUUGUCGCCGGCCUUAUCCUUAACCUCAUUGCGCUGGUGGUGUUUUUUUUCCACACCAAAACACGCUCCCACACCACUGUCUACAUGACCAACCUGGCCUUUGCUGACCUGUGCUUGGUUUGCACGCUGCCUGUAAGGAUCUGUUAUCAUCUCGGCGUCAGCUUGCAUCAGAGACUGUGCGAGGCCAUGGGGAUGAUCCUUCUGAUCAACAUGUACGGUAGCAUCUUCCUGCUGAGCUGCACGAGCGUUGACCGCUGUGUAGCCGUCUGCUUCCCGAUGUCCAGCCGCGUCCGCGAGGUCCGCAAGAAGGCACCGUUCAUUUGCCUCGGGGUCUGGAUAAUGACAGUCGGUGCAAGCUUGCCCAUCUACUUCAUCAAACCACAGCUACCAGGCUACCAGAACCAGUCAAAGUGUUUUGGGAGUUUCCCCGUCUAUGGAACUCGGCCCGUUGCCAUCACCUCCAGCCUCACGGUGGGCUUUGGCGUCCCGCUGCUCGCGAUGCUCGUCAGCUCCUGGGGCCUCCUCAGGGCCAUCAAACGGAGCCAAGCCGCCCAGACGGACCUUGUGGACAGCCGGAAGAUCCAGAGGAUGAUUGCCAUGUGCCUGGUCAUCUUCCUCUGCUGCUUCCUGCCCUACCAUCUCAGCUUGCUGUUGGUCUACCUGCACCAGAGGUCCAUCCCGUGCAGCCUGACGUCCAGCUACAACUACAGCCUAAUGGUGGCCUGUCUCAAUGCCAUGCUGGACCCUCUGGCCUACUAUUUCACCACCGAGACCUUUCGCAAAAAAGUGGACCUGGACGCGCUGCGACAGAUGUGGCCCAUGCAAAGUCAAAGUCAAAGUGCAGACCAUCACUCCAGGGGGCCCCUCAACACCUGAGCUACUUUGCUCAAGCUGUUUAUCGGAUAGUUUAGGCCCCACCCUUGCCCGAGCAGCUUGCUCGUGUUGCUCCUGUCAUUCCAUCAAAGAGACACACUUAGGGUGACAUUUAUAUUUGGCCAAAGAGACCGCUUCUGUUGAUUUCCAUUCGCUACAGGAAGUCCUCCUCUGAAUGACUUUAAUCUUUACAUCUGCCAUCUCUACCUCCUACCUCUUCUUUGAUCUCGUGACCGUUAGUUGUCCUAUAUCAGCAGCAAAAGACUGUAAACGUUUUGUAGGUGCUAGCCUUUCUGCCUGAGCUGAGCUGUCUGACAGCUUAUUCGGCAUAGUAUUGAAAAUGUAAAUACCCACUUUUCAAAGUAUUUGUUACAAUAACAUGUUUUAUUCUAUUAAGAAUUUUUACCCUCAGAUACGUAUGUUUUGCAAGUUGCUUUAUAGACAAAAGCUUUUGUGUAAUAACAUAACAACAACCAAAACUGUUUUAGAGUCUCUUUUUGUAUCUGAAAAAAUUAAGCUAUAGCCAUGAGACUUAAAAGAA